AUGGGCGUCUUCCGCACGAUUGACGCACACUGUGGCCUUCCGGACAUUCAGCUUCUGUUCACCAGCGAUCAGAAAGAGAUCGAAGACUUCCUCCUGGGAUGGGAUCGUCGCUACCACUUUGGCUUGGACAUGGAGUGGCGGCCCAACUUUGUGAAGGGUGCGCCGCCAAGUCGAUCUGCCGUCCUCACCAUCUGCAAUGGUCCCUGGGUGCUGGCAGUGGAUCUUGUGCCCUUCCGCAAGAACUGGCCGAAGCCGCUCUUUGAUAGCCUCUGGAGAUUCCUCGAGAACGAUGAGCACACCUUCUAUGGGAUGGGUCUCGCUGCCGAUGCGGCGCGACUGGCAAUCGAGUUCGACUGUGUGGUCCAGGGCAUCGACUUCUUGUCCGCAUGGCCGGAGCAGAUUGUCCUCAAAGGAGGGCUGGAGGGCCUCGGGAACUCCCUCCUUGGGACGUCCGUGAAGCAAAGCAAGGCCAUCACUCGCUCGAACUGGGACAAACGGCCGCUGUCCGAACAGCAGCUGACGUACUUGGCUGAGGAUGCGUAUCUGUCUUGGAAGAUCAUGAGGCACCUAGCAUCCCAGGCGCCUGCAUCGGAGGAGUGGCUUGUCACGAUGACGGACAUGUACUCGCACGGCCAGGAGUUCAUCCGCCACGGUGUGUACAUCGAGGAUGCGUGCCACGAUUGGACUCAAGCCAUGCAUGAGUGGCAGCAACGACAGGAGGAGAAGAAGCAGAAGGAGAACUCCAAGAAGAGUGAUCUGAAAAAGCGGAAACGUCUUGAAUCCCUCAAACACGGCCAAAAGUAG